UAAUAUUUAUUAACAUCAUCCAUACAUACAAACUGUUGGUUCAUAUUUCAUCACCAUCAACGCUAAUGCAAAAGUGAUUCGUGAUGAGAUUGUUCGCUCUUUUGUUUACUGCCUGUUUGCUGGGCCUAGGCCAAGCACAGCAUUGUACAGUAGCCUGCCCAAAUUCGAUUCCUCAGCUAAUAAAUCCCAAGGCCCAAUCGACUUACGUUUAUACAUUGGAUGCAAAAACUGUCCUCACACCACGUGAUAGCCAAAAGGUUACAAUCAAAGCCGAUGCCGAAGUUGCCAUUGUAAGCGCUUGCGAAGCUGUCUUAAGGUUACAAAAUGUUGCCAUUGACGGAGUUCCAAAUGGCGCUGAAUUGGCCAGUGAAUUGGCUUCCAAGUCAUUCGCUUUUGGCUACUUCAACGGUCGAAUCCUUGGCGUUUGUCCAGCUAAUGAUGAUCAAGAUUGGUCAUUGAACAUCAAGAAAGCUAUUGUUUCAGCUCUUCAAGUUCAAUUCGAUGAAAACAAAGAUAAAGUUGAAGAAUCAGACUUUUCUGGCCGUUGCCCGACUGAAUACAGAAAAAUACGAAACGAAGACAACAUGGUUGUCAUGGAAAAGAGAAAGGAUCUUAAUCUUUGUGAUGAUCGACGAAUUGAUUUGCGACAAACACCUGACCAGGCAUUGGGACAAUUGAAAGAAAUGAUUCGCCACUAUAUGCACCCGAUGGACAGUGAUCUUUCGUGUCGAAUGACACUCAAAGAUCAGGUUGUAUCGGAAGUGGAUUGUGAAGAACGUCAUGUGCUAGUACAUCGAUCGCACAAACCAGUACACUUGUCCUAUGUCAAAAUGAUGUUGAAGGAAAGCAAAGACGGUGUCGCCGCUGAUCUAGGUCAAACCGAUUCGGAGCCCAAACGACCAUACCUUAGCUUUGAUCAUAAACACAAAAAUCCUACCGAAACCGACGUCGUCGAAGUAUUGAAAAAGUUAUGCUCGGAAAUAUCCGAACCACAAGCUAGUAUUGAAACAUCGUUCACGUUCCAAAAAUUGGUCGAUAAACUUCGUUAUUUAUCCGCUGAGGAGACUGCCAGUGUGGACGAAAGUGUCAAGACAUCCGUCUGUCCAGCACAUGCAUACCGUAUCCGUGAAUUGUUCCUAGACGCUUCGGCGUUUGCCGCAAGUGAUGGUAGCAUCCGAACAUUGGUCAAAGCACACGAAAACCAAGAGCUUUCGAUCACACGUUCGACCGCUUUGUUUACUGUGGUCGCAAUGAAAGCAGCACCAAAUAAAGAAACCGUCCAGGUAUUGUUGCCGGUUAUCGCUUCGGAAAAAACGAUCCGUCCAAUGUUGUUGGGUUUCUCCGUUUUGGUUCGCCGAUAUUGUGAAAAAAGUGCCGAUUGUGCCAGCAAUUCUGGCGUCAAAGAUGCUCGCGAUGCUUACCUGGCUCGAUUGGCCACCGCCAAAGAUGCCAACGAACGAAUGACCAUUGUACGUGCAUUGGAAAACUUGAAUGUCAACACUGAAGGUGUGGACAACAUGAUCAACGCUAUGGACGAAAUCAUCAAAUCAGAUGCCGAACCAGCUCUUCGUGCCGCUGCAGUGAACGCAUUGCCCAACGAUGCCAGUCACAUGGAUCGAUACAAAAGUCUUGUGAUGGAUGAAUCGAUGCCAAACGAAGCUCGAAUUGCUGCAUUCCAGAAAAUGAUGAAAAACGGUGGCAUGAGCCAUAUCAAAGAUUUGUUCACCGUAAAAGGUGAAUGUAUGAAGAACUAUGUUCUCACUUAUGUAGACAAUCUUAAAAAAUCCAAAAAUGAUUUACGACGACAAACCGUUUCUGGAGAUGUUGAAUUGCCUGAACAACCUAAACGUGAAAUAGGCAUCACCCGAAACAUUGCCCGCGAAUAUGGUCCAUACACAUUCGAAUAUGAUGUCAUUUAUCCGGAAACACAUGAAAAUGUUACCCGAAGCAUCAAUGGACGACUUAUUCGUGCCAAGAAUGAUCAAUUGAAAGAAAUUGUUGAAAUUCAGAUCACUCAAAAUGGUUUCGAACGCGAAUUGACCAAUGCAAUGGCUUUGAUGGAAAAGAAAUCGUUCCAAUCAAUCAUGCAAUUCGUCCGUGAUACACUCAAAAUGUUGGCCCAAAUCCGUAAAACCGACGAUAAUCAUCACAUGAAAAUUACUGUCCAGAUCAAUGGCAAAAAUGUCUACUACACGGAUGUGUUCCAGGAUUUGAAAAAAAUGAAAGAAUUGAUCAUUAAACGGGCUGAAAAAAUUAUCAAUGAAAAGAAAGUUGAUCGCUCCAUUGGUGGUGUGUUGCUCGACUCGAAAUUAGUCUUGCCAACCAUCACUGGUCUUCCGUUGAUGUACAAAUUUGGUGAUAAUUUUCUCAUUCGAUAUGAUGGAGAAUUCAGUGGCGAAAAAGGUGACCGCCAUAUCAAACUUAAUGGAGGCGUUGUGGCCGGUGUCUAUGGUCAAAUGAAAUUAUUGGUCAAAGAUCAAAAAAUGGGCUAUGAAUAUGAUGGCAAAUUGGCUUACACACCAAUGCUCGAUAUGGACAUACAGAAAAAGGAACAUUCCCUUUUGCUUCGAUUCAACACAAAAGAUGUGGAACGACGCACAAUCAUGCGAUUUAAACAAUCAUUGCGAGAGAAACGAGCCACCGGUGAAGAGAAAGAUUAUGAAAAUGAAAUUACACCAGAAUCUCGAAGUGAUCAAUGUUUUUCAUUCUUCCUGUUGGAUUAUUGCCGCAAAGCUUCACAUAUCAAAGGAUUGAUUUUCCCGAAUGUUGAAUACUAUGUGGUUAAACCGGAAAAAGAAGUGACCGCAUUGGAAUUAUUGUUGAAAGGUGAAACUGAAGACAAAACUCGUCGUUAUGUUGCCGAAUUGACUGCUGUCGGAUCGCCAAGCAACAAACAAGCUAAAGCACAGAUCGAAGUGAUCAAAGGCGAAGAAUACAAAAUCACAUUGAAAUCACCUGAACAUGAAUUUAACACCGAAUUCACCAUCCAUGCAGACAAAAACAAUUUGAAAAUGCACAUGGAUUUCCCUAACAUGUUCCAAGCUGAUCUGACUGGAACUUUCCAACAUGACAAGGAAAACAAUGUGCGUAAAAACCAAUUGAAUCUCCAAUACAAAUUCGCUGGUGAUGAGAAACCACACACAGUGGAUUAUGAAAACGAAUUUUCAUUCAAUUUGAAACGAUCAUCAAAAGACAAAAACAGUGGAGUCGAUUACCGAGCAAAAUACAUGUCUAGCCAUUUUCCCAUCUUGAACCACAAAGUCAACAUUCAAUUCAAAUAUCGACCAUUCAAAGUUAACGAAUUGAAUUUGGAAGGAGAAUUUGGCCGAGAACUUCAACACAAAUUCCAAUUGAUGCGAAACAGCCAGAUAGAAGUAGAAGAAGUGCGACCAUUUAAGAUGCAUGGUAAUAGUGACAUAAAAUUGAUGGCAAACGAUCUGGAUAUUGAUUAUGAUCUCAAAUCUGAAUUCAAAUAUGAAAGCAACAAAGGAACCCUUGAGUUGCAAUACAAAAUUUCCGGUAAAGAUCGCUCGAAAAGAGCUGCCGAUUUGGGAGCCGAAGAUGUUGAAGGCGUUAUCGAUUACAAAAACAAUGGCUCGCCCAUUGAUUCUAAGAUGCACGCUCAUCUCAAAAUGAAAGGCAACAACUAUGGCUAUGAUAGUGAAUUGAAACAAACACAGCCACAACAAUAUGAAGGCAAAAUCACAUUGUCCAAGAAUGACAAGAAAAUCUUCAUCAACCACAAAUCAGAGAUGACCAAACCUACCAACACUUUCCAUCUCAAAACAGAUGCUGAUGUGUCGUAUUCGGAUUCGGAUAUGAAAAAACAUUAUCAGAUGGAAUUCAAAAAAGAAAACGAUAUCUACACUAUGCGAUCGACUGUCGAACGAAACGGCCAAAUGUUUUACGAAAACCAUUUGACCAUUCACAAGGGUGGCAAAUUGAACUUGAACUAUCGCCGAAAUGACCGUAAAAUUCUUCUUGAUUUGGACAAUGCUUUAAGCCCACGGGAAGGAACAAUGAAAUUGAACAUCAAAGAUCGUGAAUACAACUUUGUCAUGAAACGAGAACCAUUGCGAUUCAGAGACAUCACUGUCGAAGGAAACGAAAAUGCCUAUAUCAAAAAUGGCAAACUUCAUUUGUCGCUUAUGGAUCCGUCAACAUUGAGUUUAGUCACGAAAGCCGAUGGAAAAAUCGACAUGACAGUAGACUUGAUAUCGCCAGUCACAAAACGUGCAUCGUUGAAAAUUGAUUCAAAGAAAUACAACCUUUUCCAUGAAGGUGAAUUGAGUGCAUCGAUCGUAAACCCACGAUUGUCAUGGCAUCAAUACACGAAACGCGAUUCUCGUGAAUACAAGAGUGAUGUAGAACUAUCGUUGCGAUCGUCGGACAUUGCUCUCAAGAUUACGAUGCCUGAUUAUAAUUCGAAAAUUCAUUAUUCACGACAAGGUGAUCAAAUCAACAUGGACAUCGAUGGUACAUUGAUCGAAGGUCAUGCACAAGGAACCAUCAGAGAAGGUAAAAUCCACAUUAAAGGUAGACAAACUGAUUUCGAGAUCGAAUCCAACUACCGAUACGAAGAUGGCAAACUAAUCAUCGAACCGGUCAAAAGUGAAAAUGGCAAAUUGGAAGGCGUUCUUUCCCGUAAGGUGCCAUCACAUCUGACAUUAGAAACACCACGAGUCAAGAUGAAUAUGAAAUAUGAUCGAUAUGCACCAGUCAAAGUGUUCAAAUUGGAUUAUGAUGGCAUCCACUUCGAGAAACAUACCGAUAUUGAAUACGAACCUGGCGUUCGAUACAAGAUCAUCGGCAAUGGAAAACUCAAGGAUGAUGGCCGCCACUAUUCUAUCGAUGUGCAAGGUAUUCCACGCAAAGCAUUCAAUCUGGACGCUGACUUGAUGGAUUUCAAACUGAAAGUGAGCAAGCCAGAAGAUAGCAAUAAAGCUCAAUUCAGCUACACAUUCAACGAAUAUACCGAGACCGAAGAAUAUGAAUUCGAUCCACAUCGUGCCUAUUAUGUUAAUUGGUUGAGUUCCAUUCGCAAAUACAUCCAGAAUUUCAUCGUCGAAGACAACUGAACACCAUUAAUGCACAUUGAUUGAGAAUGCAAUGAGCAAAUGUCAUUCAUUGAUUCAUUCGAUUAUUUCAUUCUCUAAUUUUUAUAUCUAUUGACUUGUAAUAAAAUCUAAAGGAAAACAUUUAUACCAUAA